AUGGAGCAAGUCGAAACUCUCGUGGACCAGACGGAACAUCUGGUCCUCCAUGAGCCACCCGAGACGCACAUACAUAGUCUGGAGAAAUUCCACCCGACUUUGGACGCUCAUGUUCAGAAGAUCUAUCAGACGGUUGGGGUAAAGGCUCCGACUACAAGCUACUUUCUCGAGGAGAUUCAACAUGAUCCCAAGACUGAGAAGACCCCUGGGGAAGCUGGGGUCGAUGUUUUGGCCAACUUGGACAACUUCCGCGCUUAUAUGAGAGAAGCCAACUCGUGUGCGAUGGAAUUAGAAGAUGGCUUGGAUCUUUCUGCGCCUCUUUCGGAUUACUUCGUCUCUUCGAGUCACAACACUUAUUUGACGGGUAACCAGCUGUACAGCGAUGCUGCUGCGAGUGCCUAUACAUCUGUGCUUCUCCGUGGCUGUAGAUCCGUUGAGAUCGAUGUCUGGGAUGGUGAACUGGACAGUCCUAACUCCAGCGACAGCGAGCUGAGCAGUGACAGCAGCAGCAGUGAAUCCGAGGCAGAAGAUAAGGAAGGUACACGAAGCAAGUUGAAGAAAAAGGUUAAGGCCAUGAGAACUACACAGGAGAAAGCUCCAAAGGUCCCCAAGGAACCAAAAGAGUCAGUCACGACCAAAUUGGGAAACAAGCUCGAUGGCGUCCUGCGUCGCAAAUCCGUCAGAUCGCCGCCGCGACAGCUGGACGAACAAGCUGCAACAAGCCACUUGCCUGUGAAGCCUGAACCACGUGUUCUGCAUGGACACACUCUCACCAAGGGAACGACGUUCCGUGAGAUCUGCUAUGCGAUUCGUGACAGUGCUUUCAUUGCCAGUGAUCUCCCACUAGUGAUCAGUCUUGAGGUCCAUGCGUCUUUGGAGCAGCAGCAGACUAUGGUGGACAUUAUGCUGGAGGCAUGGAAAGGUCUCCUCGUUGAGCCUCCCGAGGACGAGGAAAAGCUUCCGUCGCUGGCUGAUAUGAAGCGAAAGAUCCUGAUUAAGAGUAAAGGUGUUCCACUGUGUGGUGACGGGAAGCCAGAAGGAGAUGCUCUCACGCCGCAGAACUCUGCUCUCACUCCGCAGAACUCUGCUGAAACAACCUCCAGCCAACAGGCGAAGCCAUCGAAGAUCCUCGAGGCUUUAGCCAGAUUGGCUGUUUACACUCGGGCGUAUACUUUCCGUCAUUUCAACCAGCCAGAGGCCAAGGUCCCCGUCCAUGUGUUCUCGCUCUCCGAGAAAGCGGCGCGUGAAGCCCACGCCACCCAUCGCGAGGCCUUGUUCGAACACAACCGAGUAUCUCUAAUGCGCAUCUAUCCGUACGCCUUCCGAGUCAACUCGUCAAACCUUGAUCCGACAUUCUACUGGCGACGAGGCGCCCAGCUGGUAGCGUUGAACUGGCAAAACCUAGACAAAGGCAUGAUGCUCAACCACGGGAUGUUCGUCGGCACUCACGGCUGGCGACUGAAGCCCUCCGGCUACCGCAGCGGUAAUGAUCCGACCAAUGUAAUCCAGCGACGCACCAUGACCCUCUUAAUCGAGGUAUUUGCAGCACAAGAUCUCUCCCUCCCGGAAGGCGACACCAGCGAGCGGGGGUUCAAACCCUACGUCAACUGCCAACUACACGUCGAAGAACCGGGAGACGACAACACCCCAACCCCCGACGACGCCAGCUCCGACGACGAAAAGAGCAGCUACAGACGAUGCACCAAAAGCUCCUCCGGUCGAAACCCGGACUUUAAGGGCCAGAAAUUGGAGUUCCCGACCGUGACGGGAAUCAUCGAAGAGCUGAGUUUCCUACGGUUCAAGAUCAAGGAUGAUGAAUUCGGUCGGGAUUCCCUGGCUGCAUGGGCUUGCAUCCGACUCGACCGGCUGCGGGAGGGAUAUCGGCUUCUCCGUCUCCACGAUUGCACCGGCGAGAAGACCGGUGGGUUUUUGCUGGUGAAUAUCACCAAGCAGUUUGUUUAG